CUCAUCGUCAUGUAAAAAUCAAAGUCAACAAAGGCAAUUGAGUAUGAAGGCAACGGAAGAAUCAUCGCCACUCAUUUCUAGGCAAGUUAUUUCGACGAAAACAAGAAGAAUAAUCGACGGUCACCCCACGUUAUAUCUCAUAUUCUUAUUUUUAUUAAUUUUUUGUUACUAUGGAAAAUAUAAAAUAAACACAUACUGUAAAUGGAAAUUAGCAUAAUAUAAUAAAAUAUUAAAAUAUGGCCGUAAUGAGUGAAGAAAUUACUAGUUGAAGUCGAAAAGCGAUUCCGUAUCUGAGAGUAUAAUUACAGAUAGAAUUGUCGCUUCAGUCUCUGUUAUCAAUAAUCUCACCGUGCUUUGAGGAAAACAGAAGAAUAAGAAGAAGAACGAUAAUAAUGAAGAUCAAACCUGGUUUGUCAGCACUCGUCACUGGGGGUGCAUCUGGGAUCGGUAAAGGUCUUGUUCUAGCUCUUGCAGAGAAAGGUGUAUUUAUCACAAUUGUUGAUUUAUCUGAAGAAAAGGGAAGACAAGUUGCAACACUUGUCGAGAAAAUUAAUACCAAGUUUCAUCCCAACUUAGAACAUCCAUCUGUCAUAUUUGUGAAAUGCGAUGUGACCAACUCAAGGGAUCUAGCUGCUGCAUUUGAGAAGCAUGUUUCAACAUAUGGAGGGCUAGACAUUUGUAUUCUCAGUGCAGGGAUUGCUAACCCUAUACCAUUCGACAAGGAUCAAACGGAUGGCACUCAUUCCUGGAGACGCACUCUUAAUGUCAAUUUUAUUGCUGUUUUUGACGGCACCCGUCUGGCGAUUAAAACCAUGGAAGCUGCGAAAAGGCCUGGUGUGAUUAUCAAUUUGGGUUCUGCUUCUGGUCUUUAUCCAAUGUAUCUUGACCCUAUUUAUAGUGGCUCUAAAGGUGGUGUUAUUAUGUUUUCUAGAGCACUUCGAUUAUACAAACGUCAAGGAAUCCGAGUUAAUGUGCUUUGCCCUGAGUUUGUUGAAACAGACAUGGGCACAAUGAUCGGUCCCAAAUUCCUUAGUAUGAUGGGGGGCUUUGUACCUAUGGAAAUGGUGGUGAAAGGUGCUUUUGAGCUCAUCACUGAUGAGAAUAAAGCCGGCGAUUGCCUAUGGAUUACUAAUCGGCGAGGUCUUGAGUACUGGCCCACCCCAUCAGAAGAAGCAAAGUACUUGCUGCGUUCUACACGUUCCAGGAGAAGAACUGAAUACAAAGCUCCACCAAUUAAACUACCUGAGAGUUUUGAGAAAAUAGUUGUUCAGACCUUGACUCACAACUUUCGGAAUGCUACCAGUGUAGUAAGAGCACCACUGAGAUUACCUAUCAAACCAAACUAUGUUCUUGUGAAGAUAAUCUAUGCUGGUGUAAAUGCUAGUGAUGUAAAUUUUAGCUCAGGUCGCUAUUUUGGUGGCAAUAACAGUGACACUGCAUCCCGUCUUCCGUUUGAUGCAGGAUUUGAGGCUGUGGGAGUAAUUGCAGCAGUUGGGGAUUCUGUUACUGACUUGAAAGUUGGCAUGCCUUGUGCGUUCAUGACUUUUGGAGGCUAUGCUGAAUUUACAAUGAUUCCUUCGAAAUACGCCCUUCCAAUGCCUAGACCAGAACCGGAAGGUGUUGCCAUGCUUACAUCAGGAUUAACAGCUUCAAUUGCUCUAGAAAAGGCAGGACAGAUGGAAUCUGGAAAAGUGGUCCUUGUUACUGCUGCGGCAGGAGGAACUGGUCAGUUUGCUGUUCAGCUUGCAAAAUUAGCUGGUAAUACCGUGGUUGCCACUUGUGGAGGUGGGGCAAAGGCCAAGCUUCUGAAAGAAUUGGGAGUCGACAGAGUCAUAGACUAUCACAGUGAAGAUAUAAAAACGGUUCUAAGGAAAGAGUUCCCGAAAGGUAUUGAUAUCAUCUACGAAUCUGUUGGUGGGGACAUGUUAAAGUUGUGCUUGGAUGCUUUGGCAGUCCAUGGACGACUCAUUGUCAUUGGCAUGAUUUCUCAGUAUCAAGGAGAAAAUGGUUGGACGCCAUCAAAAUAUCCUGGACUAUGUGAGAAGCUCUUGUCAAAGAGUCAAACUGUGGCUGGCUUUUUCCUGGUGCAAUAUAGUCACAUGUACCAAGAACACCUUAACAAGUUAUUUGACCUUUACUCUUCCGGAAAACUAAAGGUUGCUGUGGAUCCAAAGAGAUUUAUAGGCCUUCAUUCUGUUGCUGAUGCUGUUGAGUAUCUCCAUUCAGGCAAAAGCGUUGGGAAGGUGGUUGUCUGCGUGGACCCGACCUUCGGUCAUCAAGUAGCCAAAUUAUGAAUGAACACGGUGUCAAAUACAGAAAGAAGUGAAGUUUUCAAUUCUUAGUCUAGAGAUUGUUCUCGAAUGUUACUGAAAAUAGCUGCUAGACCAGUGCUGGAAUAUUUAUUCUCAAUGCUUUUUCAAUUUUGGAUUACUUGAAAGAAUAAUCCAUUUAUGUAUACCAUGUUUAUGUUUACACUAUACAACAACUAUGAGCAGAAGAAAGCGAGAUAUCUACAAAAUAAAUUAUAAUCCUUUCAUUUUAGUUGUGA